AUGUUUCGCUUCUUGGGCCUCCUAGCUGUGCUUGCGACAGUCAACGCCUGCAAGCCCUGCACAUGCGGGGUAGCACGUGGUGCAAGAGUGGUCGGAGGAGGAGCGGUCACACCAGGAGAGCUUCCCUGGCUGGCAGCGCUAAAGCGGGAUGGCAAGCUUAUCUGUGGUGCCACUGUCAUCGCCCGCGACCACCUCAUCACCGCUACGCAUUGUGUUUACGAAGUGGAAGCAUCUCGCCUGACUGUGCUGGUGGGAGAAUUCGACGUAAACAAAUCCAGAUCAGAAGGAUUCCCAGUGUCCCACGUGUUCCAACACCCUGACUUCAACCGCUAUACGUAUGACAACGACAUCGCUGUUCUGAGACUAGCUGAGCCUUUGCCAGAUAAUCUAUUUCGACCAGCGUGCUUACCAGACGAUGACGAUAAACUAGCAGGUGCUGAUGCUAUUGUCUCUGGAUGGGGGAGUACCAUUGAAAAGGGUCCUCCUUCUAAUAUCCCGAUGAAAGCGGAAGUACAAAUUUGGUCACAUGAAGAAUGCACCGGAGCGGGCUACGGGCGCAGGAAGGUGACGCCGCGGAUGAUCUGUGCCAACGCCCCGGAGCGAGACUCCUGCACGGGUGACUCUGGAGGCCCACUACUCAUGGCCCAGCCUCAUUUCACUCUUGUUGGAAUCGUGUCCUGGGGACGAGGGUGCGCGAGACAAGGCUACCCUGGAGUGUACGCACGAGUUGACCGCUUUAUGCCAUGGCUCAAAGUGGCACUACGCCACGCCUGUACCUGCCUGCCGCCUUCAUCGUUUUUACAGUAACUGCAUAAGAGGCUAUGUGAAUAACCACGAGGCUACAAUUGUUUUAAGCAGCUUGAAACC